AUGGGCUACCUGUAUCUUCGUCGGGGUAAAAGGCAGAGGGUCCUCCUACUCGCAAUCGGUAUUCUAAUAUCGCUCGGUCUGGUCGUACACUAUCGGUCAUUGCUGUACUCUUCAUCAUCUAGUAGAGACCUGUAUCUAUCAGCAAAACUACUAGCAGCAGAAGAUACACCACAAAUAAUGCAACAACUGUGGAAGCCUCUACUACAUGAGCUCAAUGCUACGCACUUCAUCACGAAAGAAGGCCAUCGCUACACGAUUGAAGAGAGCAACUAUCGCUGGGAGUCACCUUUGAAGAAAAAGUUGCUCAUUCUGGACGUGGACACUCGACUUGACAGAGGCGCUGGCGCUGUUACGAACAAAUCACCCUUGUCUCCCAGUGAAUUGACAGGGAGGUCAGGCGGCAUGAUGAACCACUAUCUCUACGCUAUGAUUCAUGGCUAUGACUAUCAGUUCAUCCGAGCUCCCGACUAUUAUAACCGCCAUGGAACAUGGGUUAAGGUCCCUAUGAUCAAACAGGCACUUGAGAGUUAUGAAACCGUUGUUUUUCUUGAUGCCGAUGCUGUCUUUGUGUAUCCCGAACUUCCCCUGGAGUGGUUAAUGAGUCUAUGGAACAUAACAGACAAGACACUUGUCGCCAUGGCUAACGAUCCAGAUACCCCAAAAAAUCGUGAUGCACAAGGCACAGUGAUGAUGAACACUGGAUUUAUCAUCGCUAGGCAAAGCGACCGGACCCAAGACUUGUUUCAUGAUUGGAAUCAGUGCCCUACCGAGACGAAAUAUAAAGGUUGUCAAAGGUGGAUGAAGGAUUGGGCACACGAGCAGGCAGCGUUUUCGAACCAUGUCCGCUACGAGUACAAUUCGACAGAUGAAGACCCUUUUCAUCCAAAAUGCCAAGAACAGUUCAACGCUUAA